AUGGCUCAAGUGGUGGCUAUGCGGGCGAUUCAGAGUUCGAUCCUUUGUCCUAGCUCUGGAUCGUUACAGGGCCGGACAGAGAAGCUGAAGCCUCCGAGCUUCGCUUCCAAAGUUCUGGCUCGCGAGGAAAAGAAGAAGAGCUGGAAAGCGUUUGGCAAUAAGAGGUUUGAGGUCACUGCAAAGCGACCCCUACAGACCGAGGUCGUCCCCGUCUCACCUGAAGACACACCCAAGAUAGAGGAUCAAUUUCAGAAGUUCCGGGCAAUUCAACAACAUGAUGCCACAUCGGUGGGUAUGUGGUCAAAGCCAGUAGUCAAACGUAAGACAAAGAUUGUUUGCACAAUUGGUCCUUCCACAAACACACGUGAAAUGAUCUGGAAGUUGGCGGAGGCUGGAAUGAAUGUUGCCCGGCUUAAUAUGUCCCACGGAGAUCAUGCUUCUCAUAAGAAAGUUAUUGACUUGGUUAAAGAAUAUAAUGAGCAAUCUAAAGACAAUGUCAUUGCAAUCAUGCUUGAUACCAAGGGUCCUGAGGUUAGGAGUGGUGACCUGCCACAGCCAAUCAACUUGGAAAGUGGUCAAGAAUUUACUUUUACAAUUCGUAGAGGAGUUGGCACAGCGGAUUGUGUUAGCGUGAACUAUGAUGAUUUCGUUAAUGAUGUAGAACCAGGAGACAUGCUUCUGGUUGAUGGUGGUAUGAUGUCAUUUCUGGUAAAGUCCAAGACUGAAGAAUCAGUGAAAUGUGAAGUUGUUGAUGGAGGAGAGCUUAAGUCUCGUCGACAUUUGAAUGUGCGAGGGAAAAGUGCAACAUUGCCUUCCAUCACUGAGAAAGACUGGGAAGAUAUUAAAUUUGGAGUGGAUAAUAAAGUUGACUUCUAUGCUGUUUCAUUUGUCAAAGAUGCACAAGUUGUUCAUGAAUUGAAGAAUUAUCUGCAAAGCUCUGGCGCUGAUAUACACGUUAUUGUAAAGAUAGAAAGUGCAGACUCUAUCCCAAAUUUGCACUCCAUUAUCACAGCAUCUGAUGGGGCUAUGGUUGCAAGAGGAGAUCUUGGUGCAGAGCUCCCUAUUGAGGAGGUUCCACUUCUGCAGGAAGAGAUAAUCAGGAUCUGCCGUAGCAUGGGGAAAGCUGUUAUUGUGGCAACAAAUAUGCUGGAAAGCAUGAUUGUUCACCCAACACCAACCAGAGCUGAGGUAUCAGACAUUGCCAUUGCUGUUAGAGAGGGCGCUGAUGCAGUUAUGCUUUCAGGAGAAACUGCUCAUGGAAAGUUCCCAUUGAAGGCCGUGAAAGUUAUGCACACUGUUGCACUUCGGACAGAGGCAACCAUCUUAGGUGGUGAAUUGCCAGCCAAUCUUGGUAAAGCUUUCAAGAACCACAUGAGUGAGAUGUUUGCUUACCAUGCAACCAUUAUGUCCAAUACUCUUGGUACCUCAAUUGUUGUCUUUACCAGAACUGGUUUCAUGGCUGUUCUUUUGAGCCAUUAUCGGCCUUCUGGGACCGUAUUUGCCUUUACAAAUGAUAAGAGGAUACAACAGAGACUGGCUUUAUAUCAAGGUGUAUGUCCCAUAUACAUGGAGUUCACAGAUGAUGCUGAGACAAGUUUCAGCAAUGCCUUGACUGUGCUGCAGAAGCAAGGCAUGGUAAAGGAAGGAGAAGAGGUGGCACUCGUUCAGAGUGGCAGACAACCCAUUUGGCGGAUCCAGUCCACUCACAAUAUUCAAGUGCGCAAAGUUUAG